UUAAAUGAAACGGGCACAGCUGGUUUCCGCAGAUCAGCUGGAAAAACUCAAAAUGGAUCUGAUAAUUUCGUAGACGAAACCGUCAUCCAGCAGCUUUGAGAUAUGACAACAGUUUCCCACAUUGAGGCGUCCCCCAUGGAGGCAACGAUGGAGGCCUCCGCAGCGUCCGCAUCGGCCGGGCAGCUGGCCCAUCCCCAGGAGAAUCUGCGCAUAUUUUUAAAGCAUUUGUAUGCCGAGUGCGUCUAUCGCUACCAGAACGACACAUACGACGAGGACCCGGCGGUACCGGCAACAGACUAUGGGGUGGAGGUGCCGGAGAACUUCAGUCCGGUGCCGCGAUAUCUGGAGAACGCUGUGCUCAACGAGGGCAGCAUUGAUAUGCAGAGUGUGGACGAGGCGUCGGCAGCCAAUAACGAGAUAUAUGCCACCAUUCUAAGCGCCACAAUGGCCACGAAUCUGGAGGAGCAGCACCAGGCGAAUCUCAACAAUAACAAUAGCAGCAGCCUCUUUUGUCCCCUGAACUUCGAUGGAUAUCUAUGCUGGCCCCGCACCCCGGCCGGCACCGUAUUGAGUCAAUAUUGCCCCGAUUUCGUGGAGGGAUUCAACAGCAAAUUUCUGGCCCACAAGACCUGCCUGGAGACGGGCUCGUGGUUCCGUCAUCCGGUUAGCAAUCUUACCUGGUCGAAUUACACCAACUGUGUGGACUACGAGGACUUGGAGUUUCGUCAGUUCAUCAACGAGCUGUAUGUGAAGGGCUACGCCCUCUCGCUGGUGGCUCUACUCAUAUCAAUCAUCAUAUUCCUGGGCUUCAAAUCGCUGCGCUGCACCCGCAUUCGCAUUCAUGUCCAUCUGUUCGCCUCGCUGGCCUGCACUUGUGUGUCCUGGAUCCUCUGGUACCGUCUGGUGGUGGAGCGACCCGAGCUCAUAGCCGAAAGCCCGCUCUGGUGCAUUGGUCUCCAUCUCGUCAUACAUUACUUCAUGCUGGUUAACUAUUUCUGGAUGUUCUGCGAGGGUCUGCAUCUGCACUUGGUUCUCGUUGUGGUCUUUGUCAAGGACACGAUUGUUAUGCGCUGGUUCAAAAUCAUCAGCUGGCUCUGUCCGCUUAAUGUGGCGCUGCUCUAUGGCGCAGCACGGCACUACAGCAGCACCGACAAUGAACACUGCUGGAUCAAUGACAGCCUCUUUCUGUGGAUCUUCUCGGUGCCCAUAACUCUCUCUCUGCUGGCCAGCUUUAUCUUCCUCAUCAAUGUUCUGCGGGUGAUUGUACGGAAACUGCAUCCACAGUCGGCCCAGCCCGCUCCCCUGGCCAUCCGCAAAGCCGUGCGGGCCACCAUCAUUCUGGUGCCGCUUUUCGGACUGCAGCACUUUCUGCUACCCUAUCGACCAGAUGCCGGCACUCAGCUGGAUCGAUUCUAUCAGCUGCUCUCCGUCAUUCUGGUCAGCCUGCAGGGCUUCGUUGUCUCGUUCCUGUUUUGCUUCGCCAAUCACGAUGUCAUAUUCGCCAUGCGCACACUCCUCAACAAAUGGGUGCCCACUCUGGUGGCGGCACCGCCGGCAGGGAGUAAUACUGGACAAUUGGCCACAACCACGCCCAGUCGUGAGCUGGGCGUCUAAAGUAUACCGCAUCAGCAACAGCAUCCCAAGAGUCCGAAUCUACCCGAGCAACUCGCAGAUAAUCGCAGAGCAGAGAUUUUGAAGGAGCCUGAGAUUCGUUUCUCUCUUGAGGUGCGAAACGAUCUGUCUGUCGCUUUCCUUAAGCUUUCAGUAUUCGAGUAUCUGAAGAUCUGAUCUUAAAGAUCGUUAAACGGCAUUUAUU